GCAUCACUGUAUAUUGGUACACUCUAUGCAUUGCACAGUAAUGGAACCCGUGUGCAAACUGUGUGCGAUAGUAGCAGUAUUAAAAUAGCAAGCGUUCGUAUUGCAUUUAUCUAAACGAUCAUCAGCUCGUUUACAAAUUGUACGUCCAUCUUGUACCCCAGCUAAUUGUGCAGCGGAAAGGUUCGUGUUGUAUGUUGCGGUUUCGCAAGUAAAUUGUGCUGCUGGAAAAUGGACCGUGCUGGUCGGGAACAAUUUCCAGCAGUCGCAUCAACGAGGAGAAACGGCCAAUGUGCCCCGUUUUCGUACGAUAGUGCAUCCUGUGUGCGAGCGUUGAUUCCCGGUCAGUAUGAACUUUCCGGCCGAGAAUGGAAUCGACUUCGAUGAGCAAGCAAUAUCAUUGCACCACCAAACGGCGAAAACGACGGAGGACGACCAUAAUCACCAUCGACAGUGGUUACCUUCCGAUACAUUCGUGUUAUCAGAUACUACAACGACAACCACCACAACGACGACGACGACGGUGCCUACAUAUUGGGAACCGCUUUCCAAGUCUUCACGAUACGACUUAUGUUCCUCUUCGGCGUCUACGUUCCCGGCAUCAGAGCUUUCACCCGAAGCGACGGAUGGUUUCAUAGCAACCUCCCCAUCGGCACUACCAACAACCGAGGCAUUCUUCACCGUCGUGUCGCUUGAGGGAACAAGUCCAAAGGCGGCACCGAAAAGCUACCUAUUUGAGUUGAACGCAGCUGCAAACCAGACAACCAGCAGUGUCCAUCCAUCGUUCUACGAUCAACAAACGUUGGAAAAGUGCCCCCUGUUCGAGGAAACACCUGCCGCGGCAGUUUUAACCACAAGGUCGUCUGCACUGCCCGUUGCCAGGGCAGCGGUUGCUAGCGAAAGGAAACGAACCGUUGCUACCGAUCCGAUCGCAAUGCGCGAUAAUCUGCUGUACCGGCUGCAGCGAAUAGUGGCGAAACAGCGCAAGCCGGUGCUCAACUUGUUGCUUCCACUGUGCCUACUGAUCGGGAUCAUGCUGCUGAUCUACGCGUUUCGAGACACUGCCAAAGGUGUGCUGUUCUGGAUCGAAACGCAAAACACGUGGACCAUCUUCGUCAUCUUUCUGUGCAUGUUCACCAUCGUCAGCUUCCCGGUAACGGUCGGCUAUCUGGUGCUGAUCAUUGCCAGUGGGUACCUGUUUGGGUUCAUUCGCGGUCUGUUAACCGUACUGAUCGGUGCAAAUCUCGGUGUGGCCAUCGCACACAAUACCAUCAAAUCGCUUCAAAGCAAACUGCCCGUGCACAAGCUCAUCAAAAACGAAACGGGCCGUGCCAUUUUGCGAGUUAUAUCCGGACCAAGGGCCUUCAAAAUCGUACUGUUUGCUCGUCUAACACCGAUACCGUUCGGUCUGCAAAAUACCAUAUUCGGAAUAAGCUCUGUAAACACGCGGAGCUACCAUGCCGGGACGGUAAUAGGGCUGCUCCCAGCGCAAACCAUCAACGUGUAUCUUGGUUCGAAAUUGCGCUCAAUUCACGAGGUACUAAAUGACCAUAACGCAGCGCUCGGUCUGGCUGGCUACGGUGUAUUUGUGGUGGAGGUGAUUGUAGGUGCCGCUCUUAUGAUAUGGGUAGUGCAGAAGGCCCGUUUGGAACUGUCAGCAGCGCUUCUUGCAACGGCCGAUUCGAACUCUGACGAAAAGAUACUGAUCGAAAUUGAGGCAUAGUUGCUGUGGUACGGUGGCCAGCUUCGGCUCGAGCUUUGUUCGAGCUAUUCGCGCUAGGCUAGUGAAAUAAGUCAAUCAGUUGUUACUAUUUGUAUUGUUCUAGAGGAUAUUAAUAUUUAUUGGUCUGUCAAAGGUUAGAAUUUAAGAAAUGCAGGGGUGCGAUUGAAACACAGGAUAAGAUAAUGAAGUGAAGAAUCUGCUUACACACGCAUACGUUAAACAUGUUCAGGAAGGAAGUAAUAAUGCCCGUAAAUAACAGUAUCUCAAUCCCUCAGUACACGUCAAUCCACGAUCAGCCGACUGUGCACAUUCUCGACUGUCAUAAAGCCGUCCAUAAGCAAGCAACUCUAUGUUGAACUAUUUUUAUGCAUUUUGUUUUCCGUACAGGUAAUGGUAGCAUAAUAUAUUUUUCAUCGAGUGUCGAUAGAUUGUUUUGUAAACAUGAGGAUCAUUAAAGAAUGUAAGAGGGCGAUCAGUAAAACGGUAAGAUUUUUUUUUGAAGAACUAAGAUAGCAUUAACUUUCCGUCAUGCAUUUGCCCGCGCGGUUGUAAGAGCCGCGUGUCUCAGUGUCAGGUGCUAUUCUAAAGCCCAUCUAAAUUUGCACGUAUGUAUUUUAAGCCUGUUUUGGCUCCAACGAAACUAUUAGAAUAUAGGUUUGCAAGAUGUUUAUACGUACUUUACCAUUUAAAACCAAAAUACUGCAAAUGUAAUACACAACGGAAAAUGUAGGGAUCGCUUUCCAUCUCCCCCGAUUCCCGGUUCAUUCCAAAUAAGACGAUUCACGCUCGAGCGGUUUGAGCAAAGUUUUGUUUUGUUGUUGUCUCAAAACAAAUGUGAUAGAAAUGUAAGUUCUCGGUGGUAAUGUGCAGCCUGCAUGAUUCAAAUACGACGGCAGAUGUAUCUGAUGUGAAUGUACGAACAUUUGUAACUUAAAACGUGGUACAUUUUUGAAGAGACGAGAAAAUUCCGGAGCACACAAAGUAAAUAUAGAUUAAUUUAAAGCCAGUAAGUGAAAAAAGUAA